AAGAAGAAGAAGGAUGGACCAAUCGCCGUCAUUUACUAGACGGUUUCGAUUUGUAUUUAGAGCAAAUUCCAUUAUGAAAUAAUAAAACAUCUGGUAUAAAAACAAACAAACUGCGAUCUGAAUGCACCUUGAAGGAGGAUUUCUCUUUUUGAGCCGUCGAGCGUCCCUUGGAAGAAUGUGCAUUAAGUUACACAUUAGCUAGCAACAACGCAAUGGAUUUCAAAACACUUUUGUACAUGCACGGAGAUAUAUUACGUAUACUGGCAUAGUCUGUCUCAUUUGUGUCUCUUUUAGCUGACUUGAAUUGUCCUGGUGGUGUAAGGAACAGAGCUACAUAAUGUCCCAGCAUGCUCUGCUCUCUGUGGGGUGUAAGGCAUGGCGGUCACUGUCAUGUCCCCGGUCAGAGCUUCGGCUGGAUCUCACUCUGGGAUGUGGACAGACUUUCCGAUGGCGUGAGACUGGAGAUGGUCACUGGACGGGAGUGAUGCGAGGAAAAGUGUGGACACUAACUCAAACAGAGGAUACAUUAUGGUACUAUGUUUACAGUCAUCAAAUAAAUCCAGGAACAGAAAACAGACAGAAAUGGAAGGUGGAAGAGGAGGAGCAGUUAUUGGGGAAGAUGUCAAAAAGAAAGACUGACAUGAAGCAGGAAGAGGCGGGAUUUUGCACAGUGAUGUCAGAGCCUGACAACAAAGAGGAGGAACUUCUGAGGGACUAUUUCCAGUUAGGUGUUAAAUUAGGGGAUCUCUACAGCGACUGGAGCACCGUGGAUCCACACUUCAAACAUACAGCAGACAUCUUCACAGGAGUGCGUUUGUUGCGUCAAGACCCUGUGGAGUGUCUUUUCUCAUUCAUCUGUAGCUCGAAUAAUCACAUCUCGCGGAUUCAGGGCAUGGUCGACAGACUGUGUCAGACACUCAGGACUCUCCUCUGCAAGCUUGAUGACGUGGCCUAUCAUGAUUUCCCCCCUCUGCAAGCUCUUACAGAUCCUAGUGUGGAGAUGCGUUUGCGUGAUUUGGGUUUUGGCUACCGUGCUCGUUUCCUGCAGCAGAGCUCACAAAUCAUUGUGAACUCUCAUGACCCUGACUGGCUCCAGUCGCUCCGCAGCGUCCCCUACCUGCAGGCCAGAGAUGCGCUGAGAGCUCUUCCUGGAGUUGGUUUCAAAGUGGCUGACUGUGUAUGUCUGAUGUCACUGGAUAAGUUUGAGGCUCUUCCUGUGGACACACAUGUGUGGCAGAUUGCCAAACGUGACUACAGCUUUGCUGCUGGGAGCAGCCAGAAGACUUUGACUGAUAGAGUCUACAAAGAGAUUGGUGACUUCUUUAGAAAACUCUGGGGUCCCUAUGCAGGCUGGGCACACUCUGUACUUUUCUGUGCUGAUCUAAAGAGGUUUCAGAAGCUGAAAGAAGAGAUUCCUGCACUGAAAGAUGAGAAAACAGAGCUGAAGAAAAAGAUGAAGGAGAGAAGACAUGACAGAUGUGAGGAAAAACAGAAAAGAGAAAAAGGCAAAAAGCAACAGAGGACAUAAUAUCAUAUGACAGUGUGGCUAACAUUCAUUACUAGUCAAAUAUGGAUGAAUCCAUUUUGAAUCUCUACAAAAUUUGACAGCUCAAUUUUUGGUAAUUUCUUAGAAAGGACCCUAUUUUUACACUUGAGUGUAUAAUAAAUGUGCUGUUAAACACACUGAAGGGCUUCUUGUUUGUGACAAAGGAUAAAUUACUUAUAUAUUAUGUCAUUUAUAUUUCUUAAUUUGUAAAAGUGGUGAAAUGGUAGAGUAUGAAAUACUAUUUUCUAAGUAGAUUGCAGCAGAGGAUCAUUAAUUUGCCAUUUCCACUCCUUAAAGGGGUCAUAUGAUGCGAUUUCAAGUUUUCCUUUCUCUUUGGAGUGUUACAAGCUGA